GACAAGUUUUCAAAUAUAUAAAAAUAGACCCUUCUAGAGAAAAAAAAAUCUUGGAUUUUCUUCACUUUGUUAUCAUCUCAUUCCUUUCCGUCUCUAUCAGUUGCUGGUAGAUGUGAGGAUAUAGAGAGAGUAAACCAUUUCUCUUGCCAUUACUUCUCUUCCAUUUUUUCUCACAUAAAUCUUUUCCUCUAAUUCAGCACAACCUAGUCCAGAUUGUUUUUGCCAGAAAACAAAGACAAGUAUCAUUAGGGUUUUGUUUUUGUCGUCUUGUUUAAUUAACCCCACUUUCUUUUUUUCCUUUCUCUUGUUCUUCUUUAGUUCUUCUUGUUCCUCUCUUUCAUUCUGUUCAAUAUUGUUUCUGUCUGUUCUUGGGAUCUGAUCCGACAAGAAGCAGACAAAAGAAGUUGAAAGGGUUCAAUUCCCAAGGACUUAAUAUAGUUAUAUGUUGGAUUGAAGUUGAGAGAUAUAUACACAACUCUCACCUCAGUUUAUGCAUCAACAUAUUUUUGGAGGAAGAUCUGUGACUUCACCACCAUAUUUGCGAGCUUUGUGACUUGAUCUACACAAUGGAAGGUUCAUGCAUGAACUUUUUUUAUCCUUUUAGAAGAAGCAUGGGUGAGAAAUUAGUGGGGAUCACAAUGAGUGGUAAUCACUUGAAUGUUCAUCUAGUACACUAGACUAUAAAAAAGAGAAGAUAUAUAUGGAUACUUUUUCUCACGUUCCCCCAGGUUUUAGGUUCCAUCCCACAGAUGAGGAACUUGUUGAUUACUACCUAAGAAAAAAAAUAGCUUCUAGAAGGAUUGAUCUUGAUGUCAUAAAAGAUGUUGACCUUUACAAAAUUGAACCAUGGGAUCUUGUAGAGCUUUGCAGAAUAGGAACAGAAGAACAAAAUGAAUGGUAUUUUUUUAGCCAUAAAGAUAAGAAGUAUCCAACUGGGACAAGAACAAAUAGGGCAACUGCAGCUGGAUUUUGGAAAGCAACUGGAAGAGAUAAGGCAAUUUAUAGUAAGCAUGAUUUGAUUGGAAUGAGGAAAACAUUGGUGUUUUAUAAAGGUAGAGCUCCAAAUGGACAAAAAUCAGAUUGGAUAAUGCAUGAGUAUAGGCUUGAAUCAGAUGAAAAUGGCACACCACAGGAAGAAGGAUGGGUUGUGUGUAGAGUAUUCAAGAAGAGAGUAACAACAACACUUCGCAAAAUGAAUGAACAUGACUCUCCUUGUUGGUAUGAUGACCAAGUUUCUUUCAUGCAAGACAUGGACUCACCAAACCAAACCUCUCAAGCAAAUCCAAUUUACCAACAACUUCCAUAUCCUUGCAAAAAAGAGCUAGACAAUUCACCAUAUCAAAACCUACCUCGUGACCAUUUUCUUAAUCUCCCUCUUCUAGAGAGUCCAAAGCUUGCUCAAUCUAAUCCAAUGGUGACAACAUAUGGUACUAUAGAUCAUACAAAUUCCAUGCUUCCUUCACCAAUGCUACUACAAGAAGAACAACAUGUCUUGCAAACUAAUCAACAAAAUUUCCAUGCUAUGUAUGGAAACAAUUCCGAUGUCGAUGAUCAAGUUACCGAUUGGAGAGUUCUUGACAAGUUUGUUGCUUCACAACUUAGUCAAGAUGCAACAAAAGACGACAAUGACAACAUGUUUCAUGGCAAUGUUGAGUUCAGAAAUUUGGAGAAACAAGAAAUGGUGCCUCAUGAAAAUGCCUCAACAUCAAACUCAACUUGUCCUAUUGAUUUGUGGAAAUAGUGUGGCCAUAUGAUUAAGUUGGUUAUGAUGGGUUCAUACUAAUUAUAGAGUAAUUUCUAACUAUAAAACUAAAACAUGCAUGCAAGUAUUGUGUGAGUUCUUGUACAUUUUAAAUUUAAUAUGGCCAAAACUAUAUUACAAUUAAUAUGGAGAUUUCUAUAGCUCCAUAUGGUACAUCUAGAUAGCUUUUAUAAUUCAAUCAAAAUUUUAUGGAAUAUAUUGGUCACAUAGACCAGUGGAAAAACAUGUUUCCCUCAAGAUGUGGAAAACUUUGGAGGGUUAUCAUUGUAAUUUAACAUACAUGAUAAAUUGAUAUGAUAUGACAUAAUAUAUCCCUAAUA